UACGUUAAUAUCGGAAUUUCUUUUACAAUUUUUUUUUUUUAAAAGUAACUUUUAAAAAUUUAUAAAAACCCUACAUAUUCAUAAUUCUUAAGUAGGUGCUUUGGCGUCUGAACUAGCCGAUUGACAUCAACCCCCACAACUAUAAUUAUUUCAAGAAAAGAUUGUUCUUCGAUUCGAUUGAAUUUCGAUAAGUGAAGAGUAGAUGGAGGACUGGGAGGAUGAGAUUCCAUCUCUCCUUUCAAAGGAGCAACCCAAAAGCAAAUGGGAUGAUGAAGAUGCUGAUGAUAAUGAUGUUAAGGAAUCAUGGGAGGAUGAAGAUGAACCUCCUCAGCAACCUGUAGCAAAAGCUCCUGAAGAGAAGCCCCCUAAGAAACCUGCAUCAAAAGCUACUGAAAAGAAAGGGAAAACCAUUGAAGUAGCCAAAGAAGAGCCCCUUGAUCCUGUGGCCGAGAAGCUUCGCCAACAAAGGCUUGUGGAAGAAGCUGAUUACAGGUCUACUACUGAACUUUUUGCCAAGAAAGGUGAUGACAAGACUCUUGAUAAUUUUAUUCCCAAAUCUGAAAGUGACUUUGCAGAAUAUGCUGAGCUUAUUUCUUAUAAGCUUCACCCAUAUGAGAAAAGUUACCAUUAUAUUGAACUGCUCAAGGCAGUGAUGAGACAUUCAAUAGUUUCUUUGAAAGCAGCUGAUGCCAAAGAUAUUGCAUCGUCAAUCACAGCAAUUGCAAAUGAAAAGCUAAAAGCAGAGAAGGAAGCCACAAGUAAAAAGAAGACAGGUGGCAAGAAAAAACAGCUCCAUGUUGAUAAACCGGACGAUGAUUUGGUUGUUAAUGCUUAUGAUGACAUUGAUGAGUAUGACUUCAUGUGAUUCAUUUUGGGCAAAUGCCACCUUGUUCUUGUGUUUGCAAUAGGGAUCCCGUGUUUACUGCAGCAGCAAUGUGGAGGUAGAUCCUGCGGCUCUUCUAAUUUUUUUUUUCCAAUUCUUGGAGAAAUAGUUGUCUGGUGAACAGCCAUAAGAUGGAGGAUAGUGUUACAUGAACCAUUAGAUUAAACCUCAGAAACCAAGUCUUCUAGAUGGUUUUGGGUGGUUUUGGUUUGUUACCUUUAAAAUUCACAUGAUGUUAGAGUAAGGUUGAGAAUUGUUUCUAUUGUAAUAAUAUACAAAUUAUACUAUUUGUUUGUGCAUUAUGAGAACUAGUUUGCCAUGAUUUAAUAAAAUUUUCUUGUAAAACAUUAUUUUGGGACAAGUUGAGUUACAAGCCUGAAAGAAAGCAUACUAUGCUGAAAGCAAUAGAAAAGAGAAUGGGUUUCUUUCAUUACCAAAUGAAAAAGGACAAUAGAAUGAUAUUCAACAAGGCGCUGGCUUAAAAAUAUUAGUUGAAUGCUACACAGAUGCCAUGAAAAGAUCAGGGAAUAAUGAAUAUGCAAUUGGCCAGGUGGUUGAUUGAUGCAUACAAAGUGUUGCCCAAAUAUAAUGGCAAAAUAAUCAGAUUCUAAGAAUAGGAUUGGCAUAUACUCUAGUGUUAACUGUACCAGACAAUUUCAACCGGGAAUGUUCCACUAAAUUGGAUUAAAAAAAUGGGUUUUUUGUUUGUCACUGUUAAUCUUGCAUGAAAUUAAACAGAAACAAAUAGAUAAAAUAAUCUCCAUCGAAAUUUUCAAGUGUUUUUAGCCCCUUUUGACCAUGAUUUUUCCAAUAAUUUACCCUUUUU